AUGUCCGCCCUAGGCGAGGACGAGUACAACCUGCAGGAGGCAUGGGACAGGGCAUGCACAUCGUUUGCACAGACUGCGAAGGUUGACCUCACCACUGCGCCAAAGUUCACUGUCGAUCAAGUCCUUGACCAGAUCCGAACGAAGCAGGAUGAAGACGACGAGCGAAAUAACAAGUAUAAGACUGCUAAAGAUGUGAUCGGCAAGACGUUGAACUUCGUCAUGGUCCUAGGUGGCAUAGCCGCCCAAGGCGCCAGUAUGGUAUUUGCUCCUAGCAGUCUGUGCUUCAAUGCGAUUUCAUAUCUCAUUAGCACCGGGGCAAAGUACAAGCGCAUUUUCAGCAGCCUUUCCGAGCUAUUUCGGCGUAUUUCCGAUGUGUUGGAACGUUGCAAGAUCUAUAUGCGGCUUCCUGCUGACGCAGUUGACAUCUCGCUCCGUAAGAUUAUCAACGAGGAACUGGUGUGCUUUGUCGACAUUUGCGCGUUGUCCAUCAAGGUAUUGAAGGGCCAUAAAGUUUUUACCGCACUGAAGGUAUUUGCAUUUGACAGCGACGAGGGUGUGAGUGGCCAGCUAGGUCGCCUGGCAAUGUUGGUUGAGCGUGAGUCUCAGAUGCGCGCAACUCUGGGCUUUGAGUCGCAGAAGACCAGUGAGAGGAAUAUCAUCGAGAACAAAGAAGGGACCAAGAAGAUCAACGCCACCGUGGACAAGCUACUCACUUUCGAAAAGAAGAAAGAUGCAGACAACGUGGUCAAAAGGCUGCUGAAUACUAUUGAUUCAAGCCUCGAUACCCCUAGUGAGGCUCACAAAGCAUCGCAAACGGUGUACAAGCGCCUUUUGAAUGACCAGGUGCCUGGAAGUGGAGAGUGGCUUCAGAGUGAUCCCCUAUACACAACUUGGGCAGCACCCCAACGCUCAUCUUGUUCAAUACUGGGUGUUUCCGGCGGUGAAGGGUAUGGCAAGUCCUUCCUUUUUGCAACCAUUGUCCAACACUUGCAAGAAAUUCACUCCCAUGUUGCCGACGAUCUCAAGUGCAUUUCGACUGCCUAUCACAUCUUCCAACAGGAGAAGGGAGAGGCCUCUUUGGUCAAGGCAUUGAAGGUUCUGGCAUGGCAGAUAGCCAACACAGAUGUCGUUUACCGCAAGGAUAUCAGUUCCACCAAAGUUGACGGCAUCAAUCAGAUAGAGAACCUUUGGGAAACCCUCUUUGCAAAGUCCUACAAAAGCGACUCAACCUUUUUUCUUUUGUUCGACGGCGUUGACCAGAUGGACAAGAAACACCUCAAAGACUUCAUUCAGCUGUUGGCACAACUGAAGGUCAUGUCUGAGACCUGGACUCGUUUCAAUCUCCGUAUCCUUCUUUCGGGGCGCGAUAAAACGAUGGGCAAGAUCAAGUCUCAGAUGGGAGACGGAAUCUUAAUGAUCGAUGUAGCCUCGAAGAACAGCGACGAUAUGGAGAAAUUUAUCAUAGACCGCAUGAACAAGAUGGAGAUUUUGAGCGGUUCGUCGGACCAAGUUCUUUCACUCCGGCGCGAGAUAUUGCAAGCCCUCACGACGCAAACUCAUGGCGAUUUCGUCAACGUCGGCCUCCUGCUACAUGAGAUUAGCGGCAAACAACGCCCAGGGGAAAUUAGAGACAUUUUGUCACGGUCAGGAGGCAAACGAUCUGACACGAUUGUGAGAAAGAUGGAACUGUUGAACGAGACACUCAGCGAUGAAGAUAUCUCUGAUCUGAACGAUCUCCUCACUUGGGUGGUGUUCGCUUCACGCCCGCUAACCCUGCAGGAACUAGAGGCAGUGCUGUACCUCAAAACCCGCGAGUCUUCUCUGCGUCCACUAGCAGAGAAGAUCAUAGAUCAGUAUUCAUCGCUUUUCAAGAUCUUGGGUGAGCCAAAUCCCACAACCAAGAUCAUUCCGCCCUACUCAAGAGUCUUGUUAGUCUCUGACUCGAUAGAAGAGUUUUUGCGAACCAAGCCCGACUCUGAGACAGCUGAAGACGAGCAGGAUUUGAAUACCACGGGCGAUGUCAACGAGAUUGAAGUCAGGAUCGUGAAGAGGUUCCUUGAGUCGGUCUGCGACCCGAAGUUGUUCACCAAAUUCGGGUUCGAUGAGUUCUUCCAAAGAAAGCUGAAAGGAAAGACUGCUAGGGUUGGGGUCGAUAUUGAGAGCGCACACCUUAAGAUUGUGACAUCUUGUCUGGACGUCAUUUGUUCAGAGCAAUCUCCAGCUCUCGCUCCUUUACUCGAUUAUGCGGUCACCUAUCUCCCUGUGCAUCUUCAGAAUGCAGACCCAUCAUUGACACAACCUCAACAAAAGACCGCCCUCGGACCUCGGCUUGUGAGCCUCUUUUUUGAUGGUGAAACAAUCCAGCGAUGGUGGACUGUAGAGAACCCCUGGCUAAGGCAUGAUUGGAUCUACAAUGACGAGUUUGCCGAUGUUACGCUGAAAUGGCUACGGGACUCAGCCGUAACUAAGAAUAUCUCUGUUGAACAAACCAAGUGGGUGAAGAGUUUAAGUUCUAAAUCCGAACCCGAUGCAGACAUUAUCGAGCACAUUGGUCGAUUUCUGGCUCGCAAUUGGCUCCAAUCAAGUGUUUUAGGUAUCACCGAAGCUUUCGCCGCAUUCUAUGGAUAUACCACAAAGAUCGAGAAUCGCAAAAACCCGACACUCAAGAGAUCUACCGGCGACCCGAGCCUGGAUGAUAUCACGGCCUCCCAGAUCUUGGAUACCGCAGAAUACGCUCGAAAGCAUAUUGGACUCGACAACUUGGGCUAUGAGGAGAACCGAAAUUUAGCACGCACUCUCAGAGAGUAUCACCAGUAUCCCGAGGCCAUCGAAAAGUUCAAGCUGGCCUCCUCGCUCGAUGCAUACAACUGGUUCUCGCAGUGGGGGCUGGCAACCUGCUAUGCAUAUAAGAAGGACUACGCACUUGCAAUCGAGAUAGUGGAAGCGGCCAAGAAGAUUAUCAGAGAUGGAGACAUCGCAGAAGACCAUUUGACCAUACCGGACCUGGAUCGUGACCUGGCCGAGUGGAAUGGAGACGCCGGAAACAUCGGUCGGGCCGUUGCGAUAUAUGAAACCCUGCUGCAGGACAAUCCCAAUGACUAUGAGACAGCACUAUCGCUCAUGAUCCUUUUCCACAAAGUGAAGAAUCAUGAAGGUCUGCUCCGUUUCUUAGAGUCACUCAAGCAGUCCACGGAUGAGAGGACUGGGCUGGACCGGCGCACACAAAUAUUCCAUGCGCACUACAACAAUACGGAAUACCAUACCGCAAUUUUCGCCCUUAGUUCUGACACAAAAGCCUUUGAUUCCAUCUUCGAGAGCUACGAGGUAGCCAUCGCUGCGGCAAUGACACGGCUCGCGGAGGCGAGGAAGACGGGGGACAGUGAGGAAGAGGAGUUUGCCCGUGCCUGCCAGGCGAUCCUGAUGCACCAUCUCGCAAACCUUUGCUAUGAAAAUAGCACCGAAAACUCUGAGCGAAAGGAAAUUGCAAUAAAUCAGUGGGUACGCAUUCUGCAGAUGGAGGACUCGUCCGGUGGCUACACUCUUACGGGCUUCAAAUCGUACGUGCGCUCCAAGCUUGCAAGUGUCUACUACAUUGAAGCACUCCAGGACACAGAAGCUGCAGGCUCUUACAUAGAGCAACUGGAACAGCUCGCUGCAUUGAAAAGCACUAGUGUCGUUGCCGAUUGGUGUGGUUCGACGUACCCGACACGAUUGGUCGCGCGGUACUACGCGCUUCAAGGCGACAAAGGCAAAGCUAAAGACUCCCUGCGCGCUUAUGUCAAAAGUAACCUCGAUAUUCUCGUCGAUGAUGAUCCCCUCAACGACUGGCAAGGAUACCAUAUGCUGGCAUUGUAUCUGAUGUUCGCGGGCGAGGACGAUGACUGCCUUGCAGCGUGGUCAUUGAUUGUUCCCACCACUGACACCCAAUCUGAUGAAGAAUCCUUGGAAGCCAAGUCUCAAGAUCUUACAGGGCCCUUGUUUGCCGUAUGUGAUGGCUACUGUGGAACGAGAUGGUCAUUCGCCAACGAUAUAUACGCUUGCAGACAAUGCGACGACGUACAAUUUGACCUACCCUGUUUGAAUAAAUUGCGCGCAGGAACUUUGGAUAGCACGGUUUGUGGAAAGGAUCAUGAGAUGCUCCAUGUCCCAGCCUAUGAUGCGGUUGAGAUAGAGAAGAUCGGCGACGGGAACGUCAAGGUUGGAGAGCAGAUUAUGACGGUCGAGGAAUGGAUCCGGAGGAUCAAAGAGAAUUGGGGAAUUAGGGCGGACUGA